CUCCCAAAAUGCAACGCGGUAUUCAAAUCAUAGCCAGAUACCUGCCCUUGAGUCAUUUGUUGUUGUGCGCGUCUGACACAGACUAGGAAGAUGGCGGACCCGCAGGUCGAUAUUGUCGAAGGCUGUAGACUUCCGGUCCUUAGAAAAAAUCAAGAGAACGAAGACGAGUGGCCCCUGGCUGAAAUUCUUAGUGUGAAAGAACUAACAGGGAGGAAACUCUACUAUGUCCACUACAUUGACUUCAACAAGCGUCUGGAUGAAUGGGUGACCCCGGAGAGGCUGGACAUGAAGAAACUGCAGUUUCCAAAAAAGGAAGCCAAGACCCCCACCAAGAAUGGUCUCUCUGAGUCUCGCCCCAGUUCGCCGGAGAGAGACCCUGUGAGGAAGAGUCUAGAUCUCAGCCUCCCAACUCCUACAACUCCGUCCAGAGGCAAAACCGUCCCCACACCGAAGAGGAAGGUGGAGACCGUUUCCCUGGCAGCACAGGCAUCCCCGGCCACGCCCGUUCCGUCACUGCCAGGCCCUACAGAAACUACACAGGCAUCUGUCUACCCAUCGGCACGGGACACGAACACCUUCACCCCGAAAUCCAACACCCGCGACGACCACGACCAGCUCUCUUCCCUCACCACAAACGGUACUGCCCGCCGCCCCAUCCCUUCUCAGCCAGGCAGGAAAAGGAAGGCAAAUUGUGUGGGCACUGAUGAGAUAAUAAAGGUUUUCCAGUAUAACAGCCCUCGAUGCCCCAGUGUGUAUCUGCCACCCGGAGAGGACUCUCAGGACAGCUCCGACGGCAUCCCCUCGGCCCCUCGCAUGACGGGGAGCUUGGUGUCCGACCGUAGCCACGACGACAUCGUCACCCGCAUGAAGAACAUCGACUGCAUCGAGCUGGGCCGCCACCGCCUGAAGCCCUGGUACUUCUCGCCCUACCCGCAGGAGCUCACCACCCUGCCCAUCCUCUACCUCUGCGAGUUCUGCCUCAAGUACCUCAAGAGCCUCAAGUGUUUGCAGAGGCAUCUGACAAAGUGUAACCUUCGCCAUCCACCUGGGAAUGAGAUCUAUCGCAAAGGGACCAUCUCCUUCUUUGAGAUCGAUGGCAGGAAAAACAAGACAUACUCUCAGAACUUGUGUCUGCUGGCCAAAUGCUUCUUGGACCACAAGACUCUGUACUACGACACAGAUCCUUUCCUCUUCUACGUCAUGACAGAAUACGAUUCCAAAGGCUUUCACAUUGUGGGCUAUUUCUCCAAGGAAAAAGAGUCAACGGAAGAUUACAACGUGGCCUGCAUCCUGACACUGCCACCCUAUCAGAGAAGAGGAUAUGGCAAACUGUUGAUAGAAUUCAGCUACGAGCUGUCGAAAGUAGAGGGGAAGACCGGUACCCCUGAGAAGCCCCUGUCGGAUCUGGGCCUCUUAUCCUACCGCAGCUACUGGUCCCAGACCAUCCUGGAGAUCCUCAUGGACCUCAAGUCUGACAAUGGAGAGCGGCCACAGAUCACCAUCAAUGAGAUCAGCGAAAUCACCAGUGUGAAGAAGGAGGACGUCAUCUCCACCUUGCAGUAUCUCAACCUCAUCAACUAUUACAAGGGGCAGUACAUUCUGACGCUGUCGGAAGACAUCGUAGAGGGACACGAGAGGGCCAUGCAGAAGCGCCACCUCCGCAUCGACCCAAAAUGUCUGCACUUCACCCCAAAGGACUGGAGCAAGAGGGGAAAGUGGUAGACCCCACUCCCCCACGCAGGCACACUCGCAGUGCUCCCAGGAGCGGGCACCAUCUUCCCACUAAGCUACAGCACAGUAGCCAUUUUGUCUACUUAAUUACAACCUGAACCUUUUUUUAGUAACCCCCUGAAGUUGCAGCUGGGACCUUGGGGAAGAAAGCCUGCGCUCAGUUGGAUGUCAGAGCAGUAAACUCUUUGCCGUUGGUAUCCCUGUCCCCGUUUGAUGAAAUCUCAGAGACUCUGUGACUUGACUUCUCGUGACAAAGGGAAACAUGGCUACCAUUUCCUUUGACUCCCGAACUGUUCAGUCCAAUGAAACUUCGGAUUCCUUUUAUCUGAUGCACAUUUGAAAUGUAGGUCAUCAUUUAAUGUUACUAUAAACGCAAUCAAGAUUUCAAUCAAGGAUGGGAGCACUUCUAGCUCCCAACUGCACAACUCCACUCCUUUUUCUUAAAGGUUUUAUGUUAUUCCAGACAGUGAGAAUGGCAUAUCUGAACCCAAGUACACUUGUAUUAUAGAUAGGGACCAUUUUGUACAUAACUGUUUUGUAAAGGAAUUUUAAAUGGUUAUUGUAUUUCUGUAUGGCAGAUGAAGUGUGUCGGGCAAAUCCUGACAUUUUAAAUAAGAUUGAAUUGUUACAGGAAUGUACAUUUAGUGAGCUGUACAGUUGUUUUUUAAGACGAGGAAAAAGAAAUUGAAUGUUAACCAUU